ACAAGACAACACACCCUUCAGCAGUUUACUGGUGCACCUGUGUCUCAGGUGUCAGGAGAGAGAGAGUGUUUAAGCCAAGCACUUUAAGGCAAUUGAAGGACUCCAGACAAGACAAGACAAGAUUUGUGAAUUUCACCACAAAGCCCUCCCAUCCCAUGAGACCUGUCACAUCAUGAGAUCACGCUACCUGUUCCUACUAGUUUACCUCCUGGGGUGCUGCUUUGGGGCAUCAAGGGCACAAAGAAAUGAAACCUGCGAUACAAGAGAAACUUGCGUUCAGGUGCCGGAUCCGACCGCACAUUUCCUCCAGUGUGUGGGAUUGCCAUCGACAGACACCGGGAGGGACCACAUGCAGAGGUUGAAAAGCAUGCUUGAGGCGACGAUGGAUGUGUACACCUUCAUGAGGUCCAGCAUGACAGGAGUGCCAUUUCUCACACUGCAAGGCUUACUGGAAUGGAGGCCCGGGGCAGACCCCCUCCAGAAUGAAGACCUGGUCCUGAUGUGGCUGGACGUCAGGAUAAAACCACUGCUGAAAUCCAUUACCAAACAUUUCCUGUCCUGCCUCAGCACCAAGAACUUCAGCUGCUCCACCUACCAGACUGUAGUGAGGGAGCUCAGUCACUACUAUUCUGAGAUGGAUCCAGUCAGACAAAAGUGGAUCUACACAUUCUUCAUGUACCCUUUCCUGUCUGGAGACAGGGUAGCUGGUUGCGUGAGCCCAGUCGAGAGCAGCGAGGAGUGGCUGAUGAAGAAUUUCGGUGCCUUCAGAGCCAUGGCCCGAAUGAAAGACUUCUCAACACUCAACAUGGUUUUCAGUGGAUUGGAGGUUCUUCACCUGCUGUCUCCAGCACAGAAGGCAGAGCUGCUGCUGAUGCCUGAGGUUGCUGGUUGGGACAACGGCACCUUAACCCUGGUCUUCCACGAUUUGCUGACAGGGGGCUCUGGCCCUCCUCCCACCAUGAGCCCUGAUGGGGGCCACAACUGGACGAGCCCUGGAUAUCCACCUACCUAUCCUCCGCAUCCUACAAAUGGCAUGGUCUCUCCACAACACCCCAUCAGAGAGGUUGUAAACGGGUUCAUGAUGGCUUUCAGACCCAUUGGGAGCUUCGUUCAUGACUUUGUGUCUUUCACACAUGAGAGAAAUGUUUCAGAAAUAAGAAGUACCACUCUGACCCAGUUCCUGCUCAACUGGACUCUGGCUGAGCUGGCAGACAUUUACCGGCCACAGAACACAUCCGUCAUUCCAGAGGCGCCAAAGUUUGAUGUGACGAACGUGGAGGACUGGUACCAGCAGGUCGUGAUGCCGGUGUUACGGAGGUUUUUGCCGAACGAUGAGAACCUGAUGCAUUCCAACAUCAUGCUCGCCUUCCACGAAGUGUUUUAUCUCGACCAUAGUCGGGACAAUCAAACCUCUGAAAUCCAGGAUGUUUGUAGCAUCACCCUUGACAAGAGCCCUUGUGGGCUGACUGAUGCAGUGGAAAAUGUGGCCUACGUUUUGCACUGCGCUGCUCGUACCAACCUGACAAUGUCCGAGGAGACGAUCAUGAGACUGAUCAUAGAGCUGACUGAACGUCUGAACUCACUGAUAAUGGAGUUGUCCACAGCAAACUUCCAGGAGGUGGUGUCCGACUUUCGGCAGAUCUUUGGUGAAGCAGACUCUCCAUCUCUAACUCAGGAACACCUGAAGGACCCGAACUUCAUCAAGCUCUGGUUCCAGGUCAAACUGAUGCCCCUCCUGCCUAACAUACCCCCAGCUCUCCUCUCCUGCCUCAGCACCAAGAACUUCUCCUGCCCCGUUUACCAAACCAUUGUCGCAGCUCUCAGCAAACACAUGAGUUUCAUGGAUGCUGAUCCAAUGUACAGUCACAACAUCUAUGAGCACUUUAUCUUCUCCUUCCUGCUGCAUCACAACACCUCUGACCCCCAGUGUCUCUCCUCAGCCAAUCAUAGUGCAGAGUGGCUGAAAGGCAACUUUGGCUUCUUCUCAAGAUUCGCCUCCAUCACUGACUUCUACAAGCUCAACCCCAAUUUCUCUGGACUGGAGGUUCUUCACCUCUUGUCUCCAAAACAAAUAGCAGAGAUGCUGCUGUUGCCUCUUCCCACUCCUCCGGAGAAAGACGUUGUUAUCAACCAAGUGUUUGACUUCCUGAUGAAGUCCCCUGAAAACUUCCCAGAGGUGCUACACUAUCUGGUUCAGCUCGCCGUCAAGGUCAACCCACCCUGUGGUGUCUACAAACACAUUUUGGAGCGACUGUACGUUGCCAUACCAUCUCUGCCUCCGGACCUGGAGCCAGGCACCUGGGCUGGCAUAGAUGAACUGCUGAACAUUGCACCAGAAGCAUGUGUGCCAGAGAACUUCGUGUGCCCAGUAACCGUCUUCAAUGCCACAAACAUCUGCAGAGGAAUCGACAGCUCUGACCUACAGUCGUACUUAAAUACAUCGACCUCUGUCCCCUGUUACUUUACCUUGGAGAAAUAUGCAUGUGCACAGCUGGAGAACCUCACAGCCGAUCAGGUGUUGUCCCUCCUGAGGUGUAAUCUGCCUGGAAACAGCAGCCACUCGAAAGUGCUGUGGAAGUUGGUGCUCACCAAACUCUCCUUUGUGCUGGACGCAGCUCUGGACAUCCUGGCCAACACGCCUAUCCCCGUGGUUGGUCCAUCAGCGUCAGAGGUUUUGGAUGUGAUUGGGGAGAUCAGAGUGUCGAUGCUGACUGACGAGCAGCUGAUGAACAGCAGUGAGAUCAGGAUGUGGUUCGCCGGACGUCUGAGGUGGUUGCUGCCAUAUGCAUCCGGAAGUUUUCUGCGCUGCCUGAGCCACAGAAACCUCAGCUGUCAGUCGUACCAGCAAAUACUGCAGGUGUUUGUCCAGCAGCUGUUUGACAUGAGCUUAAGCCAGCAACAUGUGAUCUUGAAGGAUUUCAUCCUGCGUUUCCUGUCACAACCACACUCAGGUCCAGGCUGCGUGAACAGCUCCACGGGCAGUGCUGAGUGGCUAAAGGAGAAUCUGGGUCCAUUUUCGAUGUUUUUGUCUCUCAAAGAGCUGCUGCAUCUCAACCCAUACUUCAACCCUCUGGACGUCCUACAACUCCUGACUCCAAAGCAGAGUGCAGAGCUGCUGGCGUUGACUCUUCCAGCUCUUCCACAUAAAGACGUCAUCAUCAAUAUGCUGUUUGAUUACCUGACUGAGCCUCCGGAGCAGAAGAAAUUUUCAGAGUUCCUGCUCCACCUCGUCACGUUUGUUCCGCAGGGAAACCUCUCCUGCUCAUCAUACAAAACACUGUUUACCAGACUGGACCUGGCCAUGACUAAAGUUUCUCUUGAUGUAGUUUCAGUCAUCACCAACAUCAAGACUGCUUUAUCCCAGCACAUACCACCAGGUUGUGUCAUUUACAGUGGAGAGUGCAGUGUCACCAUGACAAACGAAACCGACAUUUGUGUUGGAGUGAACAGCACAGAGCUGCAGCUCCACCUUGACAGCGGGAAAAUGAACGGACGUUUCUGUGACUUCACUGUUGAGGAGUUUGCUUGUGCCUCACUGUCAGCGUUAACAGCCGAGGAUCUGGGGGUGAUGCUGAUGUGUAAUCGCUCCUCCAACUCCAGCGGAUCCAGACCCGCCUGGAAGCUUCUCCUCUCCAAAGCCUCUCAUGUGCUCGAUGAAGCUCUGGAUCUAAUAGCCAACAAGACUCUGGACCCCAGUAAUCCUGCACUGCCAAUGGUUCUGGACUCUAUACGAGAAAUCCGACUGGACACCUUCAACAUGGUCAGCCUCAAUGAUCCGGCCUUCAUCCAGCUUUGGUUCAACCGCCGGCUUCGUCCGUUCCUGCCUGCUGUUUCCCCUGACUUCCUAUCAUGUCUCACCAAAAAGGGAAUGAACUGCAGCACCUACCAACAAAUUGUGAAGAUUUUGAGUCAUCUCCAGCCACACAUGACACUAGCCAGGCAAAUGUCUGUCUACACACACUUCAUUAAGGUUUUCCUGACCAGAAACAACACUGCAGAUCCCAGCUGCAGUUUACACACUGGCAACAGUGGAGUAUGGCUGCAGAAGAACCUGGGAGGUUUCUCUGUCCUCGUGUCCUUCCGCGACCUGCAGAUGCUCCUCUCCAACUUCUCAGCGAUGGAAGCGUUGCCACAGCUGACAGUCAGACAACUCGCAGAGGUGUCCUCCACACCUGGUCAGCUCACUUCUCCUGCCCAGGCUAACAUGCUGAUGACAUACGUCCCCAGCCAUCUACUCCCUGUCUUCUUUGAUGACUUCUCGCCUGCCAUCAUGGGUCAUGAAAACUUGAUCCCCUCGACCGUGAGGUCGGCCAUGUUACAGGUUGUGUUCGAUCGCGCAAACCUCUCAGAUCACUCAGUAAGCGACUCUGUUGUGUCGCUGUGGCUCCACAACCGACUGCGCCCCCUGCUGGUCAAUCUGUCACCCCUCCAUGUUGCGCCAUUCUUCAGAAUACUGGCAGGAAGGAACUGCAGUAUCGGGCAGCAGGGAGUGGAGGACCUAAAUUCAACAAUCUCAUCUCUCAGUGAAGAUGCAAAGAGAGGAAUCCACAACCACAUCAUUCAGACUCUCAGAGGACCAAUACCUCUGCGCUGCUACGGAGACAACUACAAUCACAGUUUCUAUAGCUUCCUGGAGCGUUCAUUCAUGGGAUUCCAGUUCCCCAACCUGACCACCUUCCUGUCGCUCAUGCCUCCCGACAGAAUGCAUCAGUUGGUGAACUCCAUGCCUCCAUCCGCUCUUGGGGAUUUCCUCCGUCGCCCUGACAUUGUCGACAAUGAUACACAGCUCUGUGUGCUCUACCACAACUACAUCCAGAUACCAAUGUUCCUGGAGACCGAGUCUCUCCCGGUGGUGGUGGGGCGACCCACACUGUCUUGCUUCUGGCCCACGGCUCUCAGCAGCUCCGAGAGGUCAGACGUCAAUGCUUGGUUUGACCGACGUCUACACAACUACUUGGUCUUCCUCACAAAGAGCAUGAUCAGCCCUGACGUCACGCACAACGCCACCUGUCUGGCCUUCCAAAAGCUCGUUUCAGUUCUUAGUAAAUACAACUACACUACUGCACAGUUUGGGAGGCAAGAUGUGUUCAACACCAUCAGGGCGUACCUCACCUCAGCGACGGUGCCGAGGUGUUACAAUCCCAGCGUCCCAGAACUAAACUCUACAGCCUGGUUUGUUGAGUACAUGGGCCCUUUCCUGCCUUUCCUCACUCUGGAUGUUCUUCAGACGUUUGGAUCUGCACAGGUUAUCCAGGUGUUCACAGUGAACCCUCUGAAUAUCGCCCUCUUCAACCACUCCACCUUACCUCUCAACCUCACCAACUACUACACUCAGCUUAUUUAUCUUCAGGACAGCAACUUUAAUCCCUUACUUCUGCCACUGUUGUUUCGGUGUGUCGCUCCUGGUCCAGCGUUCAGCCAGCUGACUGCAGCAGAAAGUAUGAUAGUGCUGUACAACCUGACCACUCUCUGCACAAACCUGGACCCACAGGUUUCCGCAGCUUUGGCGGGUAACCUUGGUAACAACAUCGGUUCCACAGCCAUUGCUGCCCUCGGCAACGAAAGCUCCGGCUUGUCCACAGGCCAGAUCAAGAGUAUUAAGCCUAAGGAGCUAUUUGCUUCCUUGAGCAUUCUCAGCAGUGUGACAGGCUGGAACGAAGGCCAGGCCAAGGCCAUUAUUCUGUCUCUGAUGUCUUCAGGGGUUCUGCAGAUCAACAGCAUGUCGUCGUUGCUCCAGCUGGGCUCUCUUGUUGUGGGUCUUCCUUCUACAGUGUUCAGCGGUAUUAGUGGCUCCCAGCUUGUUACUGUAUCUCAGAAUCCUACAUUCAUGGUGUACCUGAUGUCAGCUCCACAGAUUGUCCGGGAGAUGUUUGUUACUCAGAUCGUAUCAGUGAACAGCAACAGUGAUGUGAUCAUACAGAACGUACCAGAUGAAAUGGCCACUGAGAUCCCUCGAGUUCUGCUGCUGGGCUUCUCAAAUCAAGGCAGUGUUAUCUCAAAGCUCAACAAGAAGAAGUGGAAACGGCAACAGGUUGAGUUAUUCUUCAAUGUAAUAGCUGCGGAAAAUGCAACUGCAGAGCUCGGAGGUCCAGAAAGUUUGUCAUCCUCUGUGCUGCAAGGGUUCACCUGCACUGCAGUGACGAUCAUUCGGAAGGUGCAGAUCAAGAGGCUGAUCAGAGCCUGCCGGAGGAAAGGCAAGAACAAGGUCACACUGGUGGAGACUCAGUUGACCUGCAUGUACAACUACAUUAAAAACGACUCAGAUGCCACCAGCUUCGACCUCUAUCCUCCUGAUGUGCUGCUGUACUAUGAUUACUCUCUGGUGCCACAGGCCAGCUGCAGGUCCUAUUUCCAACAGCUGGCGGAUGCAGACUUCUCCGUCUUCUCCUCCGUCCUCAGCUACAAACUGACUGCGCUGUUUGCUAAUGCCAGGAGCUGCCUGGGCAUAACAAACACGAGUUUGACGAAGGAUAAUAUAUUGGUGUUGGGGAACAUGUGCUGCACUCUGGAUGGCUCCUACAUCGAGAACUCUGACCCCUCUAUUUUGGAAAAUCUCAAGAACUGCCCGGACCUCACUAAUGCUCAAGCUGCUGCUGUUGAAACCCUGCUGCUGAGCGGGAAAACACCGUACGGAGACCCAUCAACAUGGAAUGAAAAAACUCUGGAGGACCUCGGGAUGUUACCGCUGUAUCUGACCUCGACUUUCUAUGGCAACUUUGACAAAAAAACGAAGCGCACGUUCUUGAGGUACUUCCUGAGAGUUCUCAGACAGAACAGAGUGGACAGACAGAAGAGGAGGAGGCUGAAGGAAGAAAUAAGACUGUCCAUAAGAAAGAAGUCAAAGCGAUCUAUAGUUAAUGAGUGCACAGUAGGUACAAUCACCCAGGUGACUAUCAGCGAUGAGACGUUCCCCUUCAACUAUGACGACAUAAACCAGUUCAACUGUUGCCUCAGUGCCGAGACCGUUAAAAACAACUUGGAUGCCAUCACUAGCAAGGUGGACCAGCUGGAAUACCUGAAGAUUGUUCUCAGCAAGCUGGAAGAGGCUUACGCUGCCAACUCAACCGUCCCAGAGGAUCAGGUUCAGCUCUUAGGCCCAGCGUCUCGUGUGGCCACUAUUGACAACAUCAGCAAGUGGAGUAUUACUCAGCUUGACACACUCUCUGCUUUGAUGGACUCAUCAAAUGGGCAGUGGGACCCGAGCCUGGCUAAGGCCAUCAUCUCUAAGUAUCUUAGUCAGGCAGGGAAUAAACUCGGCAGUGCAGAGCUCAACGCCAUCGGAGGAGCCAACCUGUGCUCCCUGGACAUCGACGUUUUAAAGAACAUUUCCCAACAAAGCCUCAAAGAGGCCAGUGCCCUCACUGUGUCCAACUGCACCACAGAACAAAAGAGAGAACUGUUCACCAUCGCCAGCCAAGCAUUUACAGUGAACACCCGCUCAACUAUCCCUUUAUCCUCCUACCAGCUCACACAAUCUUAUGUCGGGGGUGCAACUUCAGACUAUGUCGUGAGAUUGGCGUCCUCCAAUGUCAACAUGGACAUGGCUACCUUCACCAGUCUGGAUGAGAACGUUGUACUGAACCUGACUGUUAAUCAAGUUAAAGGUCUUCUUGGCACCAACCUGGCAGAUUUGAAAUCCUAUGAAAACCAAACACUGGUACAGAGCUGGAUCAGCAGGCAGUUCCAGUCAGAGCUCGAAACGCUGGGCGUGGGGAUUGUGGGAGGUAGAGCUGACCCCACGUCCACCACCAACUCUACGACCACCAACCCUCCAAACACCAACUCUAUGGCCACCAACCCUCCAAACACCAACUCUACGGCCACCAACCCUCCAAACACCAACUCUACGGCCACCGGUUCUCCUGCUGCCACCACCGUUGCAAGCAGCUCAUCGUCAUCCUCAACCACCACUACUGGAUCCUCCACAACCACAGGUAAUGGUACCCGAAUCCGAGCAGACGCUGGCUUCUCCCUCCUUGUUCUCCUUGUGCUCUUCAUCACUUCUCAGCACAUUUUAGUGUGAAGAAACAGAACUCACAUGGCUGCUAAUCCAAAUUCAGGGCCCAGAAUCAUGAAGUGGAAAAGAUGAUGAAGUAAAGUUUUUAUUUAUCUCUAACUGAAGGAAAAUAAUGUUGAAGAGAUGAUGCAGACAGCCAGGGUUACGUCAAAUCGUAACUGAUAUUAAAUGGCUACAUAUUAAAUUGCAGUGCUUACUAUGAAUAAAAUAUUUCUAGUGCAAUAACAACACAAUAGAUGUAAAUAAUAUAUUCUUUAUAAGUCCUGCAGUAGAAAGAAUAUAUGCUGUGAAACCGUUUUUAUUAAGCUCUUAUAUUUGCUUCAAUCACAUUUUUGUUCUGAAGCUUUUUUCCUGAAGCUUCAGUUGUUUUAAUUGUUGAAAUGAAGGUUAAAUGGAAGAAAAUAAGGUGACAGUUUCUACUGUACUUAUGUUUCUGUAAUCCUGCGUAUCCUUUUGGAAUUAGUGCUUUCUUUAAGGCUUUCUUUUACCUUGAAAACAAACAGUAUGCCUGGAGUUUCUGAAUAAUAAAUACAUAUUGUUUAUCUUUGCACUAUGA